AUGCUCUAUAAGACCACCUUGUCAAUAGCACACACGAGUGUGAUAUUGUUGUCAUUGAUAACCGCCAUAAGUUGCUUUGAGUUGCAUCUUCCUCAGAAGGUUUCUCAUAUAGUAGACAGUUUACAAUAUACUUGCGGCCAAUUUUUGCAAAAGCAGCAGAUCUUUGCACUCUAUAACAAGCAAAAUUUCACCGAAAUAGUGAACCAGAAUAUCAAGGGAAUAGAGGAGAGAGUUUUGUCUGAGUUGCUUGAAGAAAGAUUAGAGAAUGAAUCCCAGAAUGAUUAUUAUACCGCCAAUUCUCAAAAUUGGCCUAUCGACUUGGAUCAGUACUCAGAAUCAUUUGUAAUAAGGAUCACAUCUGAAGAUGAGUUUAUCAAGUACUUGAUCUUCAAGGAAGCUAAAGCUUUGCAUAUUUCCAUAUGGGAGCAAUCUGUUGGUUUGAUAGAUUUGAAGGUUGACCGUGAUCAGAUGCACCGCCUACUUUACAACGUGGAGUCACGCAUACUGGAACGAAGAACGAGAAGUGUUGACAGUCCAGUUUCUGAAUAUAAAGUACAAUUGAUGAUUGGAGAUCUUCCACAGCGAAUCUACGAAACAUAUCCUUCGACAAAAGUGACAUCUUUGCAAGCCCUAGGAGAGUUCCCUUCUUUCCAGAACCUAAGUAAUGCUUUUUUUGAGGAUUUUAGAACGCUGGAAACUAUAUACGACUGGUUCGAAGAAAUACAGAAGGAAUUUCCUAAGCUAGUGUCGAUCAACUGGAUUGGGCAAACUUAUGAAGGUCGUGAUCUGAAGGCUCUUCACGUUAGAGGGAAGCACUCUGGCAACAAAACAGUAGUCGUUACAGGUGGAAUGCAUGCGCGUGAAUGGAUAUCAGUAACCAGUGCAUGCUAUGCCGUUCACAAACUGCUCCAAAACUAUGCUGACGGACACCACAAGGAAGCGAAAUACCUGGACAAGUUGGACUUUUUGUUUGUUCCAGUUUUGAAUCCUGAUGGAUACGAAUAUAGCUUUAACGAAGACAGGUUGUGGAGGAAGAACAGACAAGAAACUUAUAUGCCCCGAUGUUUUGGUAUAGACAUUGACCAUUCAUUUGAUUAUCAUUUCGUGAAAUCAGAAGACUUACCCUGUGGAGAGGAAUAUUCGGGUGAGUCCCCUUUCGAAAGUAUAGAAAGUGAAGUGUGGAAUAAUUUCCUGAACAGAACCAAAGAAGAACAUAAGAUCUACGGCUAUAUCGACUUACACUCGUAUUCGCAAACGGUGCUGUAUCCCUAUGCGUACUCAUGCGAAAUCUUACCAAGGGACGAGGAAAACCUGAUUGAGCUAGGUUACGGUAUUGCAAGGGCCAUAAGAAAGAGUACAGGGAAAAAAUAUCAAGUGUUGAAGGCAUGCGAAGACAGGGAUGCAGAUCUAUUGCCUGAUUUGGGAGGAGGAACCGCUUUAGAUUAUAUGUACCACAACCGUGCAUACUGGGCGUUUCAGAUCAAAUUGAGGGAUUCCGGUAAUCAUGGCUUUCUCCUUCCCAAAAAGUUUAUAUACCCAGUUGGAACAGAGGUUUAUGCCUCAAUUCAGUACUUUUGUUCUUUUGUGCUGAAUUUAGAAGGCUAA